ACAGCUUCAUCAGAGACAAACUCAACACAUGGAAACAGAAGAUGUGCAGCAGCUGUCAGUGAUUAAAGAAGAUGUUCCCCCUGAGCAGCAGGAGUGUAGCUCCAGUGUGGACCAGCAGGAGCCAGAGCCCCCCCCACACAUUAAAGAGGAACAGGAGGAACUGUGGAGCAGUCAGGAGGGAGAGCAGCUUCAAGGGCUGGAGGAGGCUGAUAUCACCAAGUUCCCAUUCACUCCUGUCCCUGUGAAGAGUGAAGAUGAUGAAGAGGAAGCUCAGUCCUCACAGCUUCAUCAAAGACAAACUCAACACAUGGAAACAGAAGCUGAUGGAGAGGACUGUGGAGGACCAGAACCAGCCAGGAACUCACAUCCACUUUUCCAACCAGAGACUGAAGACCAGACUGGAGACUCUUCUGAUCCUGAGAAUGACAGGGCUGAUUGGAAGGAGACCAGAGAACCUCAGUCAGCUUUAAACUCUCUGAAACAUGAUUCAACAUGUAAGAAAAAAUUCAGUUGCUCUAAGUGUGGGAAAAGAUUUAGCUUCAAGUCACAUCUGAAGCUACACAUGAGAAUCCACACAGGAGAGAAGCCUUUUAGCUGCUCUGAGUGUGGUAAAGCUUUUACUGAAAGUGGAAACCUAAAGAAGCACAUGAUAACUCACACAGGAGAAAAACCUUUCAGCUGCUCUGAGUGUCAGAGGAAAUUUAGCUUGAAGUCAGAUCUUAAGAGACACAUGAGAAUCCACACAGGAGAAAAACAGUUCAGCUGCUCUGAUUGUCAGAGAAAAUUUGGCUGCAAGUCAAAGCUGAAAGAUCAUAUGAUAACUCACACAGGAGAAAAACCUUUUAGCUGCUCAGACAGGAUCCUUUCAGAUGCUUAG